CGGAUUUCGAGUCAUCUCCACCAUUCCCAACAUCAUCAAGGGGUUGUAGACUGAACAGAGUCCUCCCCUUCCUACCUAAUAAGAAAGCAUAUUACGUUGAGUGCCCGCUAUGACCUCACCCGAAGUUCACCAGUUGGUUUGGGGCCGUCCCAUUUCUUGCCACGCCUUCAACAAGGACCGCACACAGGUUGCCAUAUGCCCGAAUGAUAAUACCGUUGAGAUUUACCAACGGAAUGGAAGCGGGUGGGAGCUGACGGAGACACUCACUGGGCAUGACCAGCUCGUUACCUCAAUAGACUGGGCUCCCGAAACCAACCGUAUUGUGACUUGCUCUCAGGACCGUAACGCCUAUGUGUGGACCUGGAAUCCUACUGAGGGAAAAUGGGGUCACAGCCUGGUGCAUUUGCGGAUUAAUCGUGCUGCCACUUAUGUCAGAUGGAGUCCCAAAGAGAACAAGUUCGCGGUGGCCAGUGGUGCUCGCUUGAUUUCGAUCUGCUAUUUUGAGGAGGAGAACAAUUGGUGGGGAAGCAAACAUAUCAAAAAGCCUAUUAAGAGUACAAUUUUAUCGUUGGAUUGGCAUCCGGAUAAUAUCUUGCUCGUUGCCGGUUCUACCGAUAUGAAGACACGUGUGUUCUCCGCGUACAUUAAAGGUGUUGACGGGAAAGCCUCAAACCCUGUGUGGGGGGAUAAGCUUCCGUUGCAUACCCUGUGUGGGGAGUUUGACAACGAUGGUUGGGUGCACAGCGUGGCAUUCUCUCCUAGCGGAAAUUAUGUUGCAUGGUCCUCUCACAACUCAGUCGUAUCCCUUGCCAGUGGACCGAAUAACCCCGUUAUCACCAUUCCGACGAAUGCCCUGCCGAUUGUGUCCAUAAUCUUUGCGUCAGAAACAAGCAUUAUCGGAGUUGGUCAUGACUGUGUGCCUUUCUUAUUUGCCCAGCGCGGUGGCCAGUGGGAGCUUGUUGGAAAGCUUGAUCAAGGUCAGAAGAAAUCCGUCGCAGCCAAUAGCGCCUUCCGAGUAUUCCAGCAGAUGGACAGCAGGGCUCAACAAACAAACCAAGACGUGGAACUCAAUACCACGCACCAAAACACGAUUACAUCUGUCCGUCCAUAUGCCGGGUACCCUGACAAUGUUACCAAAUUCUCGACCAGCGGCGUUGAUGGAAAGCUUGUUAUUUGGGACGUGUUGGCCUCUGGUGUCGCUGGGCUUAGGAUUUAGGGGAUCCUCUCUUCUUCGCGAAUGGCCGUUUGAGAUUGUGUCCCUGGAAGUACCCUAAGGAAAAGAUCGAAGAAUUUGGAACUCAUUUAUUCUAUUCUCAACUGGGCGCACUUCGUUCCAUUGCCUUGAAAUGUGCCGAGUUUUUAAAUUCUGAAUACAAAGUAAACAUGACAUGCAGAGCUUCCACGACAUGGGUUGGUGCAGCUCCCUUUUGUGAAGGAUAUGAAGAUUGAUUUUUACUUGAGGGCUGGGAUGGACUGGAAAUUGGUAUGUCGAGGAUGAGUGACAAGAAUGCGGCGAAUUG